CUCGUCCUCCAGAGUAAAAAAGAGAUCGCUUCCUUCUCUCUAUUUAACGGAAUCCGUUAGUUGUUAGCGGAGAUGCAAGGGAUGUGGUCCGAUGCGUUAACUGACGGAGGUGGUCUCGAGCUGACGACACCAACGAACGCGCCGUUAUCGAUCGACGUGGCGGAGACGCCGGAGAAGAGGAUCCAACGGCUGAUUUCGGAGAACCCGGCGAUCAUCUUCAGCCGCCCGUCAUGCUGCAUGUGCCACGUCAUGAGGCAGCUGCUUGCCUCGCUGGGCGUGCACCCCACCGUGAUCGAAUUGGACGAUGGAGAGAUGGACGACGCGAGACAAGCGCUCCGCGCGCACGGUAGCGUGUCGGGCGACGGUGCGCCCGCGAUCUUCAUAGGUGGGGCUUACGUCGGCGGGCUGGACAGCCUGAUGAAGCUGCAUCUCAGCGGCGGACUUGUGCCGAAGCUGAAAGAAGUUGGCGCGGCUUGGCUAUGAUGACGGGCGUGGCCUGGUUUCCGUAAUUUUUCUGUCCAUUCUAGGGUAAUAUUGUCAAAUUCCCUUCCCUCACACGAGCAAACCCACACGGUCAUCCGACCUGGCACUUGGGCAGGAGAUCUAUCAAGUGGGACCCACCUUGUAGAUAAUUUGCCCAAAAUCUCUGGAUAUUUUAUCAGAAAGGAUACUCACGAGUGAAAAAUAGAUGGACGGUAGAUCGUCCGUUGUGUCGUACAUGUAGGCCUAUCCAAUAGUCUAAAAGCUUGCAUUUUCUCUCAGAUCAUCUGUACAGUGCGUUCCCCAGGAUGCACGGUUUGGAUGAUCUUUUUGCCAGUUUCGCACGUGUGAUUGCUUGUAGGGAUGCUCAUGGAAAGUUGCGUGUAAGGUUAGCAGCUCUCAGGGUUAUAUGGUUGUAAUUUCAAGGCUUUAUGAACUGGGUUUGGGUUUUGUCACAAGAAAAGACUGAUAUUUAAGUUGUGGUGUCU